UGAGUCGAGUGGGGCCAGAUGUUUUUGUUCAUAAUUUUCUGCCGGCACUUAGUCACUCAGGCAAGCUCUGACUCUGCAAGGUCGGCAAAGUUGCAGUCAUGUGGCCAUGCCAUUUCCUGCUGCUCAGGCCAGUGCGGCCCUUUUUGCCCCCGUGGUUACCAGUGCUGGUGAGUGGGGCUCAUUGUGGUCCUUGGCCCGGCAGGAGCCUAGGCCGAUUCAAGGGGUCCGGGAGGGUUUUGGUGAGUGUCUUUAAGUAAUGGUGAUGGUAUCUGUGGUGAGGCCUGCAUGGUGGGGGGCUGGAUGCAGCCUGUUGCCACCCCGACUCAACCUUGCUUUUCCAGUCUCUUUAAAGUUCUCUUCUCACCCUUCCCCUUUCCCCCCAUGGUCUGCUCUCCUUGCUUUCCUCUUCCUGUUCUGACAUCUCAGUCCUUCUGACCACCCUGGGCCCCAGGCUGCCUCUUGGGUUGGUGUUUUCAAAGAUUUUAUUUUUUCCUUUUUCUCUCCAAAGCCUCCCAGUACAUAGUUGUAUAUUCUUCGUUGUGGGUCCUUCUAGUUGUGGCAUGUGGGACGCUGCCUCAGCGUGGUUUGAUGAGCAGUGCCAUGUCCGCGCCCAGGAUUCGAACCAACGAAACACUGGGCCGCCUGCAGCGGAGCGCACAGACUUAACCACUCGGCCACGGGGCCAGCCCCUUGGGUUGGUGUUUUGAAUGGCAUUCAAGGGCCCUUGGAGGUUUGAGGCUGAGACCACACUUCCUACCAGUUUGUGGAGCACCCUCUCAGGCCCCUGAGCACUGUCUUCUCUGCUCCUGUUCCAAUUCCUGCUUUGGGUAACAAGGAGAAUCCAGGCAGGCAGCUCUCAAGGGUCUCAGUCCUAGGAGUUAGAGGCCUUUUUCUAGUGACCAGGAGGUCUAUGGGGAGCCCAGGCUCUAACCACACUUCCUCCUGCUGUGGGCACCGAGGCUGCUCCUGACUCUCACACUGAGGGAGGGUAGAGUCUGAAGGCUUCUGGCCAAGGGACUCCAUCUGUGACUUCUCUGGUUUCCACCAUUCCCCUCCCCUCUCACUUCCCCAUCCCAGUGUUAACUCUAAUUUUCUGAUAUGCCAGCUUCCCACACCAGAUUCUCUUGGCCUCCUCCCCUGCCAUGUCAUGUGCCCCCUCAGUCCUUUGCCCUUCCCCUCCCUGCCAUCCUUUUCUCUCUACAGUUCUCUAACCCCUCUCUAGAGUCUCCUUCCUUCCUCCUCUCCACCCACCACAGAUCCCUCCUCCUCCCUUCCUGGGUCAUUUUCUACAAGAAGCCUUCAUCUGCCUGGCUCUCCCCAACUUUCCUGAACCCUAACUUUCUGGGAGUGUCUUUUGCCCAAGGUGUCUCCCUUCAUUCCCACUCCCCUCCCCCCCUCACCGCCCUCACCAAGGGGAGUCCUGAGGCACAGUGCACAGCCCCUUGUGCACAGACCUGUCCCCUGUCUUGGUGCCCAGUUGUACUCUCUCCCCUCCAGUGCAGACUCCUGCUUUUGGCCCUUCUUCGUUAUGGGCCUUUCACUCAGCACCGCCCCUCCUCACUCCAUUCCACACCUCACCCUCUUAAGGCCUCCACUCUCGAGCCCACAGGUGCUAGACUCCCUCUCUCCCUGGUCUCUCUGCACUCCUCUUUGCAUGCCACCUUCCCUGCUCUCAACACUUGCCCACCAGCCUGAGACCCUCACCAAGUUCUCAUCUCUCACAAGCCCUCUCUAGUGAGGCCCUUGCAAUCACUACACCACCCUCACGCAGAACACUCCUCCUCUCCUAUCAGCACCCUAACGCAAGUUAUCCCAGGGUCACCCCUACUUAUCCCUAGGCCCCAGUCCCAGGCCCUCAGCAUUAUCUCCCUUGCCACCUCUGGUCCUUUCAAUCUUUCCACCCCUCGUAGACCUGCAAACUGCUCUUGGUCCAACUACUCUUUGGCCUUAACUGCCCCCCCACCUUUGGUUUCUUGACCCCACUGGGCUCUCACUCCCUACACCCUGUAUCCCAAAUCCUUGUUUAUGGCACUUGGUUGGAUCUGGCCUUUCCCUACUAAACCCUCUUUGGAAGUACGACCUGCCCCGCUCCCUGAACAAUAUGGGUCCUUCCACAGGCCAUGCACCUUGGUAUUUAAGAUCUAUUUUCCCUUCUAUUCCGCCUCCUUUGCAACUCUAAAUUACCCUUGGACACACUGUACUGACUAUUUGAAACCUGGAAACCUGCCUAUCCCCAGGGGAUACUGGCACGUCCAUCUACUUGGGGCCUCGCCAUGCCUCUUCCACUCUGGGCCCAGGCCCACGCCUUCACCUCCCCCAGGGCACUGGCCCACCCUAAACACCCUUGUGUCACAGUUCACCCCUCAUGCCCUCUGCCUCACUGCCACACCCUCCCUUGGCCCCAGCUUGUCCAUGAUGAGCCUUCACCACAGGCAGCAGCCCCUCACUCCCCAUCUCACCCUAACCCACCUUUGUACCACAGUCAACCUGACCAUGGAUCCCUCCCAUCCUGGGCCCCUCACUCCUCCCUGAGAAGACCUACCAUCAGCGUGGCCUCCAUGCUUCUCCCUUGCCCCCUGCAGGCCAGCCUGUCCCCUUGACCUCCUACCUGGCCCCUUAGGCAGCCCCUGCCUCCUUCUCCUGGCACCUGUCCUACAUGUUUUCCCAUUUCCAUUCCCCUCUUUCCAUUCCUCAAUUCCCCUCCCCCCCUUUUCCCUUUCCUACUGUCCUGUAUUGGAAAUCUCAUUCUUGUCCCUUUGCACAUGUGCAUUUUCUGCAUCCUCAAGACCUCAAGAAGCUCAGGGCAGCUGAGCUUUUCUGUUUAACGUCUCAUGCGCAAUUAUUUCCAGGCAGCAGUUUCAUCUGGUCUCCUCCUUGCCCAAGGGCCCACAGUCUUCAUUAUAACCUCACAGUAGUGUCCCAGGAUGGAUCUGUGCAAUCGGGAUUUUUCGCUGAGGGGCAGUUGGAUGGUCAGCCCUUCCUGAGCUACGACAGUGAGAAAAGCAGGGCAGAGCCCCAGGGACUCUGGGCAGAAGCUGUCUUGGGAGCUGAGACAUGGGACGCAGAGACUGAGGACUUGAUGGAGAAGGGGAAGGACCUCAAAAUGACUCUGGCAGACAUCAUGGCUCUGCAGGACCAGAAAGGAGGUGAGAGUAGGGAUGGGACACGAGUGAUAGGAAGCCUUUUCCAGGAAAGUUUGAGGCAGACAGCAGGGACUUAUGUCUUUCCACUGAUUAGGCUGGGAGUCGGGGUGAGGAAUGGGGACUGUGGAAUUCAGCACGGAGGCAGCCGUUACUCAGCUAGCACAGGAAGACAUGGAGGAGAGAGAGGAGGGGCCGCCUGGCUGGAGUUUCUCACUUGGGCAGGGAAGGCAGAGGGACACAGAGAAUGGAGAAGUCACUGCUCAGUCAGGGCAGACUUUCACUUCCUCCAGGAGAUUUGGGGCUGCGAGAUCCAAGAAGACAACAGCUCCAUGGGCUUGUGGAAUUUCUACUAUGAUGGGGAACUCUUCCUCUCCUACAACCCAAAGACCCAUGGAUGGAUAGUGCACCAGUCCUCACCUCAAACCCUGGCGAUGGAGAUCAAGAAUGCUGGGACACAGAUAACUUUCAAAGCCAGGAUUACCGUGCCCGUGUGCAGGGAGAGCUUUGUCAAAGACUGUGGAGAUAUCUAGAAUCCUGGAUGGGCUUCAGAGAGAGAACAGUGCCCUCAUCUGUGAACGUGACCCGCAGCCACGACUGGGAGGGCAUAGUCACCCUGACAUGCUGGACUUUUGGGUUCUUUCCCACGUCUCACUGACCGGGCUUCAGGAUGCCCAGCCUGAGCCAGGAUGCCCAGCA